GCUUGCGGCACAGAGAUGCGAUGCGACAAUGCAGCUAGCUGCCACUUAUGUGAAUGGAAGGCUAAGAAACCAUUUGGCUACUGUCACAAAUGAGUGGCCACAAGAGGACGGCCUUCCCACCAUGCUGGAGAUUAAAUUCCCCACGGACAUGCCCCCAUCGGUGCUGAAAAUCAUUGGGAAGGCCCGUUCCUUGAGCGGGUCCCUGUCCAGCGCUGACAGCACAGGGAA